UUUAUAUCGGGGAUCAGAGAGAGAGAGAGAGAGUAAUGAGUGUGCGAAGCAAUGGGCUCUUCUCCCUCCUCCGCCACUCUGCUCCUCCUCUUCGCUUUCUGUCUCUCUCUUCCGACCCUCUCACCUGCCACCGACCUCAAAGGUGUUGAUAUUGAAAACCCAGUACUAGAAGUCAUCCCGGCAUCUCUUUCCGAGCUCUCAGUUGUGCCUGGUUCUAAAGAUGUUUUAUAUUGUGAACGGGCACGGGUUUCUGGGGUAUCAAGGUUAAAACUUGGGAGUUAUGCAAGUUCACUGAAGAUCACUUUGUCUACAUCUCUUGUAAUCCCAGAGAGGUUGCAUAGCAAAAUUCAAGUUUGUUUUCAUAGGAAUAAUACGCUUGGAUUAUGUCAGUGCGAAGAGGAUGAUUGGAAAAAUCUUCAGAAAGGGUUAUGGAGCUCUGUCAUGUCGCCUUAUGAUGAAAAAUAUGUCGAUCUCAAGUUCAUUGGCAAAAUACCUGGCUCUGUCACCAUAACUGUUGAAGAAGAUUUUCAGAGAUGGCGCCUUGUGUGUCUGGCAUUGGGAUUCACAUUUCUAUUGUUGGCACCAAUUGUCAGCAGUUGGGUACCUUUUUAUUAUAGCAGUUCAAUGAUUAUAGGAGUAUUUCUGGUCGUUAUAAUCAUUCUCUUCCAGGGAAUGAAGCUGUUGCCAACUGGAAGGAAAAAUGUCCUCUAUCUUACCAUAUAUGGAUCUGUGCUUGGAGCAGGAUCUUUCCUUGUUCAUCAGUUUUCACUGAUGGUAAAUUCAAUUCUUUUGAAUUUUGGGCUAAGUGAGGAGAUGCAUAACCCAGUCUCUAUAUUUUUACUAGUGGGAAUUAUCCUUGCGGGAGCUGCAUUAGGGUACUGGAUUGUGAGGAAGUUUGUUGUCUCAAAUGAUGGGACGGUAGAUGUUGGUAUAGCACAAUUUGUCAAGUGGGCUAUGCGUAUCAUUGGAACCACCUCCAUCUUGCAGAGCACACUCGAUACUCCUUUAGCAAUGGGCGCUUUGGUUUCUUACUGGAUUAUCUGCAAGUUCAUUACUUCUCUGAAACGGCAUCGCAAAUCUCAUCGGUCGGGUGCUGGGAGUGGGAGUCUUUGGCUACAGAAGGGAAACCAGGUCAAGGGUAGACAAAGUCGUCCAGAAUUUCUUAGCAGGUCUAGCCCACAAGAAAAGAGUUGGAACAGCCGAAGGAGUCUAUCUGCUUGGUCUGACUCUCCUGUUAAAGGUGUCAUGACCCCAUCCUCCAGGGCACCUAAUCAACUGGAGUACUAUUCAACCUUCCACAAGGUGCAGAACCGAAAGAAGUUCACAAAGAAAGAGUGGGAUGAUUUCACACACGAAUCAACCCGCCAAGCUCUAGCAGAAUGGGCAGCAUCUCCUGAAGUCCCUAAUUGGCUCAUCGAGCAUGCUGACCGCAUACAGCUCCUUCCAAGCGAGAGUUCAGAUGAAACUGUGGCAAGUGGAUCAGAUUCUACAGAUGAGAAUGUCGUGGGGAGCACAGAUCGAUUAGGUUUUCUUAAGUGGCAGUGACUGGCACAGAGUAUCCUAUUGACUAUGGCAUCUGCUACUUGAAGUUGGCUUAGAUUGUAUUCACUAUUCUAUAACUGUUGAUGUAGGUCACACUAACUUGAACUGCCUCCUUGAAGGAAUACGUAGAGAGCUGUAUAGAACACCGUAGGAACGACGUAGUUAAUUUUUCGCACCAGUAAACGUUAUAGUGAGCGACGUUUUUUCUAAAACUAGUUAACCAUGUCAUUGGCAGAUCUUGUUGCCUAUUUGCUUCAGUCCCACAUUGUUGAAUUGAAGUGUGUUUUCACCCUUUUUAGGUUUUAGCAGCCAACGCUUGUUUAAGUAAGAAACGGGAUCUUGUGAAUUAUUAUUUAUGUCUUGUUUAUUUUA